UCCAAGAAGGAAGCUCUAUAGAAAACCCAUCUGCCCUCCUUUUUCUUUUCUCCCUGAGUUAACGAUGGCGACGCCGAUGGCAGAAGACACGAGCUUUGAAGACGAUCAGCUGGCAUCUAUGUCAACCGAAGACAUUCAGAGGGCGUCUCGUCUUCUGGAUAACGAGAUUCGGAUCCUCAAGGAAGAAUUGCAGAGAACCAAUCUCGAAUUAGAUUCAUUUAAGGAGAAGAUUAAGGAGAAUCAGGAGAAGAUCAAACUUAACAAGCAACUUCCUUACUUGGUCGGAAAUAUCGUUGAGAUUCUGGAAAUGAACCCAGAGGAUGAAGCUGAGGAAGAUGGUGCAAAUAUUGACCUGGACUCACAAAGAAAGGGCAAAUGUGUUGUCUUAAAAACAUCCACUCGUCAGACUAUUUUCUUGCCUGUGGUUGGGCUAGUGGACCCAGACAAGCUAAAGCCUGGUGAUUUAGUUGGUGUAAACAAAGAUAGUUACUUAAUAUUGGACACAUUGCCAUCCGAGUAUGAUUCCAGAGUCAAAGCCAUGGAAGUCGAUGAAAAACCAACUGAAGAUUACAAUGAUAUUGGAGGCCUUGAAAAACAGAUACAAGAGCUAGUUGAGGCCAUAGUGUUGCCAAUGACCCAUAAAGAAAGGUUCCAAAAAUUAGGCGUUCGUCCACCAAAAGGAGUGCUUUUAUAUGGGCCUCCAGGAACUGGAAAGACUUUAAUGGCGCGUGCUUGUGCUGCUCAAACCAAUGCCACUUUCUUAAAGCUAGCUGGGCCCCAGCUUGUUCAGAUGUUUAUUGGUGAUGGUGCAAAACUUGUUCGUGAUGCGUUUCAAUUGGCGAAAGAGAAGUCUCCUUGCAUCAUUUUUAUUGAUGAAAUUGAUGCUAUUGGUACAAAACGUUUUGAUAGUGAAGUUAGUGGAGAUAGGGAGGUGCAAAGAACUAUGUUGGAACUACUUAAUCAGUUAGAUGGUUUCAGCAGUGAUGACAGGAUCAAGGUGAUAGCAGCAACAAAUCGGGCUGAUAUUUUAGAUCCUGCCUUGAUGCGAUCUGGACGGUUGGAUCGGAAGAUUGAGUUUCCUCAUCCGACGGAGGAAGCGAGGGCGAGGAUCUUGCAGAUCCACUCGCGAAAGAUGAAUGUUCAUCCGGAUGUCAACUUUGAAGAGCUGGCUCGAUCUACGGAUGAUUUCAAUGGGGCCCAGUUGAAAGCUGUUUGUGUUGAAGCAGGCAUGUUAGCCCUUCGGCGUGAUGCUACUGAGGUGAACCAUGAAGACUUCAAUGAAGGAAUCAUCCAAGUUCAAGCUAAGAAGAAAGCAAGCUUAAACUACUAUGCUUAGGAGGAUAUUAUAUGUGUCUUUUUUGCUAUGUGAUUUGUAAUUGUACAAGAUUUCAUGACUAUAUCUUUUAUUUUUUUAUCAUGGUUACGUACUAUGUAUGGAUGUGGUUACUUUCACAUGGUUAAUUCAACAAUUUCAAUUGCA